GAAAGACCUCUUACUUACACGGUACCAUCCUUCUCUCCACAGCAAAACCCUCAAAUUUGUGCAACCCAAAUGGAAUCCAAAGUAGAUGAAGCCUCCGAUCGGCGCGCACAACACAGCAAACCUAUGAACCAUUCUCAACUUCCGUCAUCUUCAAUACAAGAUUCAAGCUUUAACAGAGUACUUAUUCUUCCACCAGAACUCAUUACUGAAAUACUCUUAAGGCUUCCUGUGAAAUCACUCUUGAAAUUCAGGUGUGUUUCAAAAUCUUGGCUUUCCUUAAUCUCUAGCCCUGAAUUUGUCAAUACCCAUCUCAGUACAUGUGUUAAUAACACAGAAUACACCCACCACAGGCUUAUGUUGGGUUUAGAUAAAGGUCUUAAAGUAUAUUCUGUUAGGUCUUUACUUUAUGAGGAUGAGUCUGUGGAGGCGACCCACUUGGAUUUUCCCACGAAAGGCUACUUCAGUAUUGUCGGUUCUGUAAAUGGGUUGAUCUGUCUUAGAACUGGGCCAAAUAAUAUGCUUCUAUGGAAUCCAUCUAUGAGGAAGUUAAAAAAUUGUACUGCUUUUAUAGCUGCACCAAAGGGUGUCUUCUACCUCUGGGGUUUUGGAUAUGAUGAGGUUCAUGAUGAUUAUAAGGUAGUGCGUAUGUUCUAUGCUAUUAAUGGUGGCAAUUCAUGUGAUGUUAAGGUCGAAAUAUAUAGUUUAAAGAGUGAUUCUUGGAAGGGAAUUGAUGGUUUCCAAUAUGGGAAGAUACACUCUUGUUUGGGUAAGUUGGUGAAUGGGAAGCUUCAUUGGAUUACGUCUGGUGCUCAUCCUGGUAGUAAUGACGGGGACAUCAUUUUUAUUGAUUUGGCUGAUGAGAAAUGGGGAGUGUUGGAACAGCCUUGCCAUGGAGAAAAUGAGUUCUAUUUUAAUCUUGGAGUGUUGGGAAGUUAUCUUUCCGUGUUUCGUACUUAUCAAAGUACUUGGGCCGAUGUGUGGGUUAUGAAGGAAUAUGGGGUCAAAGAGUCUUGGGCAAAAAUUUAUACCAUCAAAUUUGAUGAGGAUAUUCCUAAGCAUGGGCGGUCUCCAUUGUUUUGCAAGUCAAAUAAAGGUGAAAUUUUACUUGCGCUUGGAUCAAGAUUCAUGAUAUACAAUCCAAAGGCUAACUCGUUACGAUACCCAAAGAUUUCUAAAAGUUAUUUCUCUUUUUCUGAUGGAAUCUGUGUCGAAAGCCUAGUUUGUCCAUUUUUACAAAAUGAACCAAGGAUGCAACAAUGAAGGCUAAAAGCACUCAGGUGAAUGACAAUUGUGUAGCUAAUGACAUGUGUUAGUUUAUAGAUAUGUAUAGUGUAGUCUUGUCCCAUAUUGGAAGAUGAGUAAUAUCUUCUUGUAGUGUAUAGCUAUAAAUA